UUCUGCAAUAACAAAGCAGUUUUCAAAACACUUUUGUUUAUAACAAUAGAACGCACGCACGCAAACAAUAUACUAAGAGCAAAGAUUCCUUAAAUACCCAAGAAAAAAUCACGCUAAUUGUGAAAUUUGUGAACCAAAUGAACUGAACUUACACAUUAAACCAAAAUGGCGUAUUAAAUUGUUUUUGUUGCCUGAGGUUUUCGCUACUUUUUGUAAUUUUUCAAUUUUUUUUCUUGUUUUUGUGCAAGGUCUGUUGAUUUUGUACUUUUAUAUACUAUGUGUUCAUACACAAACACUCAUACAUCACAGUGUCUAUUUCAUGACCAGCGUCAUCAACAAUUUACGCAGUUUAUACAUUCAACUUUUUCGGUGUGAAAGUUGUUGAUUUUUGUUUUAUGUUUACAUCGCAAUUGUGGCUUUUGUUGUGGAUUUUAUGUUGGUGUUGCUGCUGUCAUCGCCCGAUAAGCGAAGUUUUAUGAUUGACAAUCGGUCAAUUCAUUAAUUAUGUAUUUUCUAUUGAUCAAGCGCUGAAGGGGCGUCGCGUGCAGUCUGCUUCUAGUUGGCUCUCUUAUCGUCAAUUCUGCGAGCAUUAACCGUUAUAUUAACCGUAAAAGGCACGCAUCAUUGCCAGCUGUUUACUCUGUGUGCUCUAUACCGCCAGCCCCGUCGCUCCUCGGCAUCUACAAAUCAUGCCACUGAGUACCCGGCUUUGGAUUCGCUUGACAACCGAAUGCAGUGGCAUUUGUCUAUAAAUAGCAAAUCGAAUAGUUUUCCUGCAUCAGCAACAACAACAACAAUAUCAACUUUAAAAGUUUUCCAUUGUCGUUCGUCCAAAUAAUCAGCUUCACCGGCCUCUGUCUUUCUGCUACUGCUGCUACUGCAGCAGCUAAUAAUCUCAGCAACUGGCAGGCAAUCGCUAGCACUUUGCAGCCUUUCGCUCAGUUCUGUACCAGCGCUUAUUGCGGCCACAACGUUGUCCGAUGCUCGAACCUGACAGCACAUCAGCCGAAGAAGUAGCCGUCGCCCUAGCAGCAGCAGCAAUAGAAGACAGCAGGGAGCGUGCGUUCUGCCAUGGCCAACGAGCAGCAGCAGCAGCUGGAGGAGGAGCAACGUCAACUGCUGCUGCAAACGCUGAACAGACUUUGGAGCCAUUAUCUGCACCCCUCCGACUCUGAGACAGUUGAUAAGCAGACGGCGAGUGUCAAGGAACACUGGCUCUGGCAGCUGCUGUAUCAUUUCCAAUACUUGGACGAGCAAACAUUGCGAGAUGCGCAGUUUAAUAGCAAUUUCAAUCAGCUGCCCGAAGAGCUGUGCUCUUAUUUGCUGGAGCAGGUGUAUCAAAUCAUCAGCGCAGCGAAACGUUCGCAGGAACCCGAGCAACCAGACAAAUGCAUCAAACAGCUGCGAAAACAGCAUAACCUAGCCCAGCUUAUUUUGAGCACACCCAGUGAUUGCAAUAAGAUUUUGGCAUUGAGAACUUUUCUUACUAAUGGCUUGGGUCAACAUUUGCUCGCCUUUCUGCUGCGCGUGCAAAUCAAGCACAUUGCUUCGCAGAAGAGCCUCUGCCAGUUGUGCAUCAAUCUGUUUCCCAAUUGCAAAUGGAGUGCUGAAAAUGCCCCGCUGCAGCCCCUGACCAGCAUUGCACAGUUCAUUAGUAGCUUUCACCUGAAUUCGCAGCGCAAUAAAACGCGUCGUCAGCAACAGCAAUCACAACAACAGCAACAACAGGCACAGCCCCAGCAACUGCAACAGCAACAACAACCCAUUGAGAUUAUUAGCAGCUUCAAUGAAUUCAGAAAUGCUUGUAAAACAAGUGAUGAAUUGGCGCUGCUGCUCAUCCAGUUACUCUCGCGCUGCGUCGAUGCUGAGCAGGACCCGCAGCUCAGUGUAACGGUGCACAACUUUGCGCUGGGCCAUUUGUGCAGCAGCUGUGUGGAUGAGUGCGAGCAGGAGGCGGAGCUGCCCGGCAGCAAGAAUGACGAAAUUAUUAAGUUUGAGCUGCUGCAGCUGAUUGCGCAGUGUGUCAACAAUUUCUAUAUGCACGAGCAGCAGCCCAGCUCCUUGGACUUUAAUAGCCAGUGCAGCCAGCUGCUCUAUGCGCUAGCUGCCAAUCGCAGCAGUUCGGUGCUCUCACAUGCUGUGCUCUACAUUAUAUUUGGCACUCUGCACAAUCUGGUGGAGUUCGGCUCUCAGCAUCUAAAUCAAAUCGAUGUGAAGCUCUUUGACGCCUGUUUCGAUGUGCUGCAAGAGGCGGCCGCAUCCACCACCUGCACCUCGCUGCUCUUUCUGCAUAUCUACAAGCUGCUGCUGCGCCUCACGGAUCAUCUGUCGCGCCAGGAACAGCAGCUGCAAUGCCUCAUGGAGAGCAACACCUCUAGCGCUUUGGCCAAGCAGCAGCAACAACAUCAGCCACCGCGCUACAAGCGUCAGCGUCACAGCCAGCUUCACUGCACGGAGCGCUCGCUCACCUGUUAUUUCCAGGGCAAACUUUAUCAGCUGUUGCCCAAUCUGGUGCCGGAGCUGCAGGAGCACACCGUGCGUUCGCUGCUCCGCACCGGCAGCUGCUGCUGCCACUACAAUACGACCAACUAUGCCACCUGCCUGCGCCUGGCCACCCAGCUCUCUGGCAGCUAUCAGAAGUGCACCUACAAGUUCCUCCACUACAAUGUGCUGCACACCAUCUUCGUGAAACGCUCGCCCCAGCAUUGCGCCGUUUGCGAGGAGAAGCUCAAGUCGCCGGCAUUUCACAUGCAACUUCUGGACAUCUAUAAGGACAACUAUCGAGCAUUGUUGAACAGCAGCUCGAUGCUGCUCUUCCUGAAGCAUCUGAAGCAUAUUGCCUAUUUACUAUCGUAUGAUCUGGCCGCUGGCAUUCUGGCCGAGGUGGCGUUACCCAUUUUCCGGCAAUACAAACAGCUAAGUGAGUGCAAGACGAAGACGACUGGAGUGCAUAAGCUGCCGCGCCUGCAGUUGCCCUGUAAGUUGGACAACUAUCGCAUUCUCCACGAGUGCCUCAGCAUUUUUGUGAUGUACCUGAGUGACAUACGUCUUGUCAAGGCCUUCUACAACGAGGAGAACAUUGGCUACAUGCAGGACUUGCUGUGUGUGCCGGAGCUGCAGCGCGGCGUCUGUGAUCUCAUCAAGGUGGGCAUCGAUAACAUUGCCUUUCUGGGCGACAACAGCCACGAGCAGAUCGCGCUCAGCCGUCGCCUUAUACAACUGCAGCUGAAUAGCAGCGAUCGCGCCUCACGAUUGUUCCAGGCGCUGCUGCACCGAUGCGCCAAGCGCUCAAAUGUGAAAUUCUGGCUGGAAGAGUCGGCCAAUACGUCGCUGUUAGAGGGGCACAAGCCGGUGGAUAUUCUAUAUAUAACCGCACUCCAGUGGACGCUCAACUAUGAGCUGCUCAAGACCAGUCAACUGUUUUACAAUGAGUUUGCCAAAAUCUACUCGAUACCCGUGGAAAUGACGGUUGACGAUGACGACGACGCUGACGAGCAGCAACAGCAGCAGCAGCAGCAACAGCAACAACAGCCGCAGCUGGAGCAGGAGGAGAAAUUGCGGCAUGGCGAUAAGACAAUCAUUGACAUACUCAAGCUAAACUACAAUGCACUAAGUUGUUUUCUAAUGCUGCCAAAAGCCGCAGUCGCCGUAACCUCAACCGCAGCGACAACGCCAGCGACGACGCCGACAAUGCCGUCCAUUCGUGGCUCAAGUUCAUUGGAGGCGCUCGUCUCGCAAGUACAGCUGCCGUUCAGUGUGAUGUCAGCCUCCGCGACGACUGCAGCCAGCUCGGACUACGCCGAUUCCUCCCUGGACUACGCCUCCAUCAUCAACAACUACGCCGAGCAGCCGGCAUUGCCUUCCUUUCUGCAGCACCUGCAGUCUAGCCAGCCGGACGAGAGUAUUGUGCUCUUCGACAUACGCGGAAGCAAACCCAGUAGCAACAGCAACAGCAACAACAACAACGUUGAAUCAGUGCCACUGGCAGUGUCCAGCGUCGUGGCAGAGGAUGAGGCAGCUGCUGCCGGACUAAUUAGCAAGCUGUUCAAUAUUGUGGGCUCCCUAUUCGGCGGCAGCACGGGCUCCCCCGAGCGACGCUCGACGCCUGAGCCCACUUUAGACAUCGAUGCAGAUUUGUUUUGCCUCUACGAACCGAAUGGAGAGUGCAAGAAACUGCUGCUAAAACUCUUCGAGGCGACCAUGGCCAUAUGCAUCAAGGGCUUUCAAAACGAAGAAGUUGAGAAGAUGCAGAAGCACCUGCGCAAGCUGAAGGCCAUCAUAUUGAGCAACGCCUCCAGCGACUGGGCGGAGCACGGCGAGCAGCAUGCCCGGGACAAUGCGGUCAUACAGACGCUGCAAACGCUGCUCAAGAUCGCCGAGCUCUCGAGCACACACAACGAGCCAGCGGGCGUCGUGGCGAACAGCCCCACAGAGGCAUCCGCUCAGUCACGGCCACGUGCGCGCUCCUUCAACAGCGGCUGCGUCGAGCUGCCCAGACAGCAGGCGGCUAAGUUGCCGGCCAAGAACUCGCUGGCCACACCGCCCACCCCGCGACGGCGACCCAAUUCGAGUGAUGCUGCCAUUGGAGAUGCGGAUUACUUUUCCACACGCGCCUCGCUCAGCUGUGCCGCCGACAGCGAACUGGAGCUGAGCGAGAACGAGCAGGAGUUCUAUCUGACGGCCGACGAGGGCUACGAGGCAGACGGCGAAAUAGCUGAGCUGAGCGAAUCCGAAUGCGAAUUGAAUGGCGGCGGUGCGGUGGCCAACGAAUCGUGGACACCCUUCCUGCCCUCUUCACGUUAUCGCAGCCACAUCAUGCACGAGGGCUUGAGCCAGCUGGUGGUGCAGAUGCUGGUGGAGCUGUCGCUGAUCUGCAUGCGCCAGCCAGCCGGCUGGACAGAGAGCCUCACGCAAUUGGCCAAUCGCUUGUUUGUCAUUCGCGACUAUCUGGGUGGACCGUUGUGCCUGCUGAGAGGAUUUGCGCCUGUGCUGAGCAGCAGUGAUGCCAAAUUGCGAGAGCUGCAGCAAUCCAUAUUGGAGCUCAUCAGCCAUCUGAAUACGCCAGACGUGCUCAACUGCUACUUUGGCAUCCUGGCCAGCAAGCAGCCGCCGGUGGAGCUGCUGAUGCGGCACAUGCAUCACAUCUGCGCUGGCGGCCUGCGCCGUGCUCAGCCCUGCAUGGAGCUGGAGUUUCCCAUUGCGAUCGAUGGGAAAAUCGUCAUCACAGCGGAUCCCUUCCUCAGCGAGCAGAUUGAGCGCGUGCGCCUGCAGCAUCAGCGCUGCCAGGCGACGACUUUGUUUACUCGUGCCGCCUGCAUUGUGCCCGUGACGCAGACGCGCCUCUGGCAGCCGGAGGGGCUGACGCUCUCGCUCUGGCUGGAGGUAAAGGGCCAGCAAACGAAUCGCAGCUUCACACAGCUGAACGAUGAUGAGACGCGCUACUCGGGCGAGGACUCAACAAGAUGCCAUCUCGUUUCGCUGGGCAGCAGCGCCGCCAUGCUUAGUAUCUACAUCAGCCACAAUCUGCAGCUAAUCUUCGAGCUGGUGCGACCCAAUGAACCGUUGCCGGCACGCGUCGAGGAGCACAUGGAGGCCACCAACAGCGAACUGCCGUCGCAGUCGAACAGCGGCAGCUUCCGUCAUGCUCUGAAGCAAACCAAAAUGGCGCUGCUCAACAGCUUCGGCCAGAUGCACCUGCUCAACGGCAAUCAGGCGGGCCACGAGACUGGCGGCUACAGCGACGGCGCCAGCGUGCAGCUGCAGCAGCCGCGACUGCCGCGCAACAAAUGGACGCAUCUGGUCUUUGCGUUGCAGCAGCAGGCCGAUGGUCUGCAAGUGGGCGUCUUUAUCGAUGGCCUGGAGCAGCAGACCCUAAGUCUGCCCUUUCACAACUUGCGCUUUGCCUCGCGCAAUCACAGCUUCCAGAUGCUGGCUCUGGGCGAGGGCAUAGCCGCGAAGAAUGGGGUCAGCAACAGCAGCUCCUCGCGCUCCACUCUUGAUGGCAGUGCGCCGCGCUAUGCGCUGUCCAAUGUGGUGCUCUUCAAGCGUCGCCUGGACGAUCAGAAUCUGAUGAUCAAUCUGACAGCUAUGGGACCGGACUUCACCGAAUUCACCCAGUGUCAGGUGGCCAACUGGAAGCCCAACUAUGGGCACGUGCAGGUGGGCAAGCUGUCCACCUGCAACUUUGGCAGCCACGCGGACUGCAUGAAGGUGCUGCGACAGGCGCGCGUCCUGGUCUACACAGCCCAGCAGCCGGAUCUGGUCAUGUGCCACGAUGUCAGCCAGGAGCUGGACAUGGCCUGCUAUGGACAGCCCCAGGGCCACAUGCUCUACGGCGAGCUGCUGCAGCAUCAGCCGCAGACGCUGCAAACGGCGGUGCUGCUCAGUGGCGGCCUGUCGACCAUGCUGUAUCUUUUUGCCAGAAUUGUGGAGGUCUCCAGCACAGCCACCACCCAAGCCUUGGCGCUGGAUUUGCUGCUGCAGCUGGCCCACUCGGAUGCCCAGCUGUACACCGAGUUUCAGCGUCAGGAUUAUCUAGCGCUCAUUGGGUAUGUCAUCAAGUCGGAGCGCUGCUCCAAGGAUGUACAGCUGCUGCGCAGCAUUGUCAACAAUGCCUGCUCCCAGCCGGUGAUCAGCCGUAAGGGCGACGUGCUGCACGUGAACGAUAAUACGACGGCCACGCUGAUCUAUCCGCGUCUGCUGCUCGCUGUGCUGCAGCGCUACUCGGACUGGCAUCGCUCUGGGGCCACACAUUCCGAUGUGCUGGACAUGCUCUUCCGCUGCAUUCUGGCCCUCAGCCGGGACAAGCAUCCGCAGCGCGACUUCAACAUGGAGCAGCUGCAAAAGUCUGGCCUGUUGCGUGCGCUGCUCAAUCUGUGCAAGGUUUAUGUCAUUGAGUCGCCCAGUCCGGUGCACAUAUCGCCCUAUGCCGCCGAGUGCUUUGUCCAGAUCUUGGCCGUCUUUGCCGGCUCUCCGCCAGCGCCUUCAUUGCUGGAUGAAAUGAUGAAGCUGCUGCUGCUGCUCCACAGACCAAGCGAGUGCUAUGUCACGCAUGAUCGAACGUAUUUUUACUUUCUGCUGACGCCACAGAUGCCAGUAAAGGAACGCUCGGUGGUGGUUGCCAAUUUAAGCCGCGUGACCACAUCCUUUAGACGGCAGGCACAACCACCCGUCCAAGAGGUCGACGCAGAGCGCGCAGAGCGGAUUCGACGGCUGCGACGACUGCACGACACCGCCUCCGCUUACAGACGGGGUCUCACUGAAAUGGAGGAUCAACUGGAGUUUAUAGCCGACUGCUCCAAUCUCAACAAGGCUGCACUGCGUCUGCUGAACCCUGUGGAGGCGACACGCUGGCGCAUCAAGUUCAAGCGUCGCUAUCCCAGCCCCAGCCAAAGCCCCAAGCAUAGCCCCAAACGCAGUCCCCUGAAGGUCGCCCGCAGACGCGCCCAUACACAUCCGAGGCCCUGGCAACCUGCGGUCCACAGCACGCCAAGCGCCACGCACGUAUCACCGCUGCCUAGUCGCAAAACCGACUUUUACGAUCAGAUGGGCAUCGUGACGCUGCAGCAGCGACUGCUUAUGUUGCUCAAGGACUUCCUGUGCCUGCUGCCCGACUCUGCCGUGGACGAGGUGCUGCGUCAUUAUGUGAAAAUCGAAUUCCUUCUGGUGCUGGCCAAUCAACGCAGCUGCGCCGUGCGCACCGCCAUCAUUCAGCUGCUGGCGGUGCUGACCAAGCGUUUGGCUCCAGCGGAAUUGGUCGCUGCCUCGAAGCAGCUAUAUCCGCUGCAUCUGGCCAAUCAGCUGACCAUUCAUGCCAGCGAUGUGGCUAUGUUUGAGGCAUGUCUCUCUUGGGUCAGCGAUCUGCAUGGCAGUCUCACAGACAUGAUUAGCUCUGAUGUCGCUUUGGGCAUACGCCAGCGCUUCGGGCUGCAGUCCUUGUUAGCCAUUUCGAUGGCUCUGGGCAACAGCAGCUGGAACUCGGAACCGCAACGCGUGUUCAAGGCGCUGUUGCGGCUCUACCUACAGAAUCCGGAGGAGCAGCUAAGCCUCGUGGAGGCGGGUCUGCUGCAGUGCACCGUCAAGGCGCUGCACCAGCUCUAUACGCUGCACCUAGGCCAACCCAAUAUGGAUCAAUCCAUUGUGGAGCUGCUGAAUGGCAUUGGCGAGCGAGCGCUCAAAUCUGUGGGGCAAAUCAAUCUUGUGUGGGACAUCUUAAACAUGCUGGCCUUCUACCAGGACAAACAGCCGCCGCUGAUUGUGCGCAGUUUCCGUGCUGUGCAAGCUCAGCUGCAGCUCCAAUGGCUCAACCUGUUCUUCGAGACCUGCACUGGCAGUGGCUGCAGCAAUGGCUAUCGCUUGCGCAGCAGCCUGUCCGACUGCUCGCUCAGCCAGUCGGAGUGCCGGACGCGCAUGGAGCUGCUUAUUGAUCGCUGCACCCAGUUCUUUACGACAGGCGGCAGUCAGACCAACGGCAGCAACUAUGUGGCCAGCAGCCAGGAGCUGGCUCUGUUCGAGCUGCUCGUCUCCUUUGGCAUAGCCAACAAUCAGCGCUGCAACAACUUCAUUGCCUGGGGUCUGCAGCCGUCGCGUCCCCGCGAUCUGCGCGCCUACAUUGUUGAUGCACUGUGGCGCACAUGCCAGGACGAGUUCCAGUCCUCAAUCAUAUGCGAUGUGAAGAUGAUCAAGGCGCUGCUGUGGCUCAGCCUGAUGGAGGAUGUGAAGCCGCCCAUAGAGAACUUACCCAAUCUAUGCAAGGCGCUGGGCAUCAACGAGAAUGAUUCCACAUGGAACCUGGAGCACGAGCUGGAGCGCCUGGAGCUAAAUCGCAGCACUGUGGCAGCCAAGCAGAAGCAGCUGCUGGAGAAGACGCUCUACAAGUUCGAGCCGCUCGUGCAGCACUGCAUUGAGACCUCCAUGGUGACCACCAGGCGCGUGGCAGAGCUGCAGAAUGCGGAGCGAAAGCUUCUCAUGUGCCACAUGAAGGACUAUGAUGACACAAACACCUACACCAAAUGGCUGGAGAUAAUACGCCGGAUGACCCACGAGGGCGCGCCCUGGUACUGCAAUGAGCGUGCUGAGUGUUCCUGGGAGCUGGAUGACACGGAGGGGCCAUCGCGUGUUCACACACGUUUGCGGCGCUGCCAUUUGGAUAUAGAUCGGCGAUUCUUUAUGAACGACUACUGCCCCGGGCAGGGUCAACGCGAGGAGAAGGAUCAAUAUGUGCGUCCGCUGGACUAUUUGAUAGCCAGCUACGAUCAGCAAUUGAAUAUAUCACUCAAUUCGCAAAUACUCUAUAAUUUUGCGGCAAAAUUUUUGCCCGUCGAUGGUGAGAUCGAUGGCGAGAUAAUUAUAACCGAUCUGAAGCUCUAUUUUCUGGCCACAUAUCGUUGUAAAUACUUUAAUGUGAACUGUGAUAUAUCGAACAUAACUGAAAUUUGGCUGAAGCGCUACCAGCACCAGGAGAAGGCCUUUGAGAUAUUGCUGGACAGCAACAAAUCGCUGUUCUUUUCCCUGCAAAACGCCGAUGACUGGAAGAUAAUGCGCGAGGUAUUCUGUGAUAAAAUUGUAACCAUGCCGGACAACUCCAAAGUGCUGGCCAUAACGCAACAGUGGCGCGAGGGCCUGCUAACCAAUUGGGAGUAUCUGAUGACACUCAAUCAGAUAGCUGGACGCACCUACAACGAUCUCAUGCAGUACCCAGUCUUUCCCUGGGUGCUGGCCAACUACAGCUCCGAGUGCCUAGAUCUGCGCCAAGCGCAAAAUUUUCGACGACUCUCGCGACCCAUUGCGGUGCAGCUGGAGAAGAACGAGCAGCACUACAUAAACAACUAUGCGUACAUCGAAAGCACGAAUACGAACAUGGGCUCAUUGAUCCUGAAGCCGUAUCACUAUAGCUCCCACUACUCAAAUUCUGGCACCGUGCUGCACUUUCUGGUGCGAGUGCCGCCUUUCACCAGCUACUUUCUGCGCUAUCAAGACAAUAACUUUGACCUGCCGGAUCGUACUUUCCACGCACUGCACACCACGUAUUGCUUGGCCAGCCAGGAUAGCUCCACGGAUGUGAAGGAACUCAUACCAGAGUUCUUUUGCCUGCCUGAAAUGUUUGAGAAUUUUGAGCGCUUCAAUUUCGGCUGUCGUCAAAAUGGCGAAAGGGUUGAAGAUGUCACACUGCCCGCCUGGUGCCAGCGAGAUCCGCGUCUCUUUGUGCUCAUCCAUCGGCAAGCGCUGGAAUCGGAGCUGGUUCGCAAUGAGCUGCAUCAUUGGAUCGAUCUAAUUUUUGGCUAUAAGCAAACAGGAGAGAGCGCUGUUGAGGCCAUUAAUGUGUUCCAUCCAGCGACCUAUGCCGUUUUCCUCGACUCUGAGAUUAGCGAUCCCAUUGAACGUGAGGCAGUCAAGACUAUGGUGAAGACCUAUGGGCAGAUGCCACGCCAGCUGUUCAAGUCGCCACAUCCCUCCACCAAAGCGCUGGACUAUGCUCUAGUGGACACGCCCAUUGUGCCCAGUGUGAAAGGAUUGCGUUGGGGCGUCUACGUGGGCUCGCCGCAGCUGAAGGCGCCGUCGUGGGCCAUCAUACACAAAAUACCAGGCACCGAGCAUCUUGUCAGCUUCAGCAACACGAAUGUGGUCUAUGCCUUGCCGGCGCGAGCGGGAGUUAUGCAGGGCGCCGAGCCCGACACCUAUAAUGUAAUUUCCUGGGGCUACGACGAUCGCAUUGUGCGCAUUCAGCCGCUGAACAAGCCACAAGCGAAGCCCAAGAAUCUGCUAUAUAAUGACAGCUUCGAUGACAUCAGUGCUUGUGGCUGUGAUGUGAACUCGAAUCAGCUCUGGUUUGGCCACAAAUCCGGACGCAUUAGCGUCUACAAAUGCGCCAGCGGCAUAGAUGGCCACCAGCGCACGACCACCAAGAGUCGUCAGAGCUAUGUGCGUGGAUUGCGUCUAUCCUAUAAUUCAGCAUUUCGCAAGAUGACCACCAAGAGCACAGGCUCUGGAUCUGGUGCUGAAGCAUCCGAUGACUCGGGCAAUCUGCAUGCCACCAACUCGUCUGCCUCUAUGUCCUCCUCUGGAGUCUCCUGCAACGGCGAUGCACUGCAGCGCGAUGGUGCUGACCUAACCUGGCUGGGUCCCACGUUUCUGGUGCGGCACACGGAUGAGAUCACUUGUAUUGCACUGUCCGUGGAAUUUAAAAUCGCUGUGACCGCUGGACGUGACGGCAUUGCCGUCAUUUGGGAUCUAAAUGACUGGAGCUAUGUUCGCACUAUUGCACGUCCUGCGGAGAUUCAUCAGUCGCCCAUCACGCAUGUGGCCAUCAGUCCUACCCUGGGCGACAUAGUCACCGUGCACACAAUGCCCCAGCAGCCAAUAAAUGCCAACGCAGCAGCAUCACUCGCUAAGCAGAGUGCAGCGGACGAAUGCUUCGAGGUGACGGAGGAGAGCCUGGAUGAUUUUGUCAACGUCAACAUCAAUCCCAAUGGCAAAUCCAUACUCCGUCUGCACUCGGUCAACGCCCGCUACGUACAGCACCUGGUGCACGAGGACCGCAUCCAGGCUGUGUGCUAUUCCUACAUCAAGGAAGGCGUCGGCGUCAAUGUCAUAGCCACCGCUGUGGAGGGUGGCUUCGUCCGCUUCUGGUCGAGUUGGAAUUUGAGUUUCGUCAGCGAACUAACAACUGGCACGGCGCCCAUUCACAGCAUAAUUUACUCUACGCAUCAGCACUUGGUGGUGUUAACAAAGGACUCCCACAUCCAGGUUUGGGAAUCGGAGGGUCUCUACGGCAACGCGCCAAAGUUUCCUCAAAUUGUUUAUAAGUAAACAGCCGUAAACUAAACCUACAAUUAAACUCAAAGCAUAUCAAUGACAGACACAUAAACCAGAGUAGCUGAAGAAUCAAAAUGAUAUCGAGCCCAAGUCACGUGGAAUUCCAUUCUGUAACUAACGACCGGCUUCAAUUAAAUACAUAUACACACUCACAUAUUAGUUUUAUAGCCAUAGGUACAUAAAGCUAUUGAAAUACACUUUUCUACCAAACAACUUUUAUAAGUUAUGCAA